AAUUUAUAUUUCCUCGUCAUUAUUUAAUUAUAAUGCCCCUUCAAUUUCAGUCGUUUAUUUCGCGAUAAAUUCACAACGUGCCACUCAAAAUUUCGUCAGCGAUUGAGGUUAGAAAGCUUGCUUGACACACAAGAAUCUGUUCAAGCAACUCUGUUAAUUCUAAUUUAUUGUUACUCAUUAUUCUUCGGAUUCAAGUCUAUUUUGAAAUCACACAGAGAUCAAUCAUCAUGUGUUGCAAGUAUUGUCUUUUCCAAAACUCGAUUGUGUUAAAGUUUCAGUGAUAACCCCCUCUGUGUAUGUAGACUUCUCAACAUUCCAAACUUCCAGAAGUAAGCAUGGAUGUCAAAGCUGAUAUGUUCAAGGAACUUACGGACAUGUUCAUGUGCAGUUUUUGUGCCUUACGAUUCAUUGAUGAAAAGGAUGUAACGGUGUAUGAAAAGUGUAUCACAAAUCAGAGGACCGAAGGAGACGAAGAACCGCUCAAACGGAAGCAAGUCAAACAUAGCCCAUGCAUCUCCUGUCUUGGAUUUUUUCGUCCCUCCAUCUGUGAAGAAACAAUAACAAGGGUUUCAAGUUUCAUUCUAGACUCGGGACAUGACUCUGACACAUUCAAUGUGUCUUUAACAUUACCAGUUAGUUUUUUACUCAGGUCUUAUUCUCUUGCCUCUUUUGUGCGUCAGAGGUGGCCUGCACUUUGUUCAGCAAUUGAGUUUUGGCCCCCAAAUUCUGUGAAAAAUCUAUGGAAAGAUAUCAUUGCGCCCCAAAUAGCAAGCAGAGUCAAUCGGAAAUUUGAUCUGAAUUCCGAACUUGAUAUUAAAGUUAAAUUUGUUUAUGCAGAUGAUGAGAAAGAAUGCCUUUUUCUUUGCAGUAAAUUUUCGCAAGUUCGUAAAAAUAAUGAAAUAAGCCAAUCUGCUGUUGAUAAAAUAUUACGAGGUACUUAUAGACAAUGGCUUUUUGAAGACUACUUCCCUUCCCCACCGCCGGUGCCUAAUAAGUUCGUAGAGUUCCAGGACGUAUCAUUGCACCACUUCUCAGUUUACUGCGGUGGACGUUACAACAAAUGGUCACGGAAUUUGUCUCAAACACCAUGGCUCAUUAAAGGAAAAAGAAAGACGGAAAGCUCAGUGGAAGAAUUAAUAACUGAUUUGGUAAGAAAAGCCUUUAAAGCUACCAAAACUAUGUUCGGAUCCUCCGGACGAGAGGAUGUGGAUGUGAGGUGUUUGGGGCGUGGUAGACCUUUUUACAUAGAACUGAUCAAUCCACAAGUCACCAAACUGACAAAAGAGCAACUGAGUGCCCUUCAAGAAGAAAUUAACACCCUCGGGCGAGAACUAAUUAGGAUUCAUCACCUUCAGUUGAUUGAUAAAUCAAAUUUAGCCCUUAUUAAAGAUAAUGAAGAGAAAAAGAAGUCUUACUGUGCAUAUUGUGUUGUUUGGGGACCAAUGCCUGAUUUAAAACACCUAAGUUCUUUAACACCUUUUGACUUGGAGCAGAAAACACCUCUACGAGUUUUGCAUCGCAGACCUCUGUUGACAAGGUUACGCACUGUUUAUGAGCUGUGUGGUAUCCCUGGAAAAGAAACUUUGCCGGAUGGACCCUCUUUUUUUAAAAUAAACAUAACAACUCAAGCAGGCACUUACAUUAAAGAAUUUGUUCAUAGUGACUUUGGUCGCACAAAACCAAGUCUCGGACAUUUCUUAGGUGGUAUCAAAGUUUCCAUUCUAGCAUUGGAUGUGAUUGAUAUUUGUCUCGAUUGGCCACCCGCAGAAUCGUAGAAGGUCGUUUAUUUUUUUUUAAAUUUUACAAAUAUUGAGAGCCUUGCCAUAUUACUUUCUUGUAGUAUAAACAGUCCUAGUAAAAUCUAGUGCGAAUUAAGCGGGUCAUUUUUCAUCGAGGAUAUUGAAUCAGCUGUGAAUCUUAAAUGAAUUUUGUGUUAUUCAUAAUGUCAUUUGGCUGUCUCAAUUUUACUGAAUUAAAUCUCCUAAUGUAAUCAGAAUAGUUUCGGACACAGCAACCUGAACCAUAGUCUACGACAUAAAAAGUCAAGGCUGAGGGAUGGAGUUAGUUACUAGCUUGGAGUAUUGUUUAAGGGUUGAUACUCGCAUAUAUUGGUACAUUCAAAAGUUCCAGAUUCGCAAAACCAAUCAACCCUUGAGCAAUAGGUCGAACUGCUCUCCUGACUUUGGCUUUUAGCCGCCUUCUUUCGUGUUGCACACCUCUUUUUAAACUGCUUGGUGUUGCUUUAAUUUAAGACGUGAAUCUUUAAUGGCAAAUUAUAUUUGCAUCAUGUCAACUUUCAUUUCAAAGGCUGUCAGGUAUAUGAGAGCAAGUCAGCAAGCACUUUCAGAGAAAACUUAGUAAGUGCCAUUAAAGUCUUUCGUUUUCCGUUGUUUAGAACUGAAGUGUUCAGUUGAAAAUUAUGUGAGUACUAUUUUUAGGGAUUUUUUAUAUGCAGUUAAUUAUUUUUCCUCUCAGUAAAAAUUGGUUGAUAUAAUUUUCAGCCCUUUUCAUUUAUAAUGAUUGACAGCUCAACAAAUUAAUAAAAGGAUCAUCAGAAACUCAUUUAAUAUUGUUUCUGCAAUAAAAUAUGUUUGUAUUUAAAUGCUAAGAAUUUAUCUUGUGUCUUGUAAAUACAUUUUUCAACGUGAAAAUGUGAAAAGUUUUCAAACUUUUUCAUAGUUCUUGUGUGUAAUACCCACCUACCACAAUGUAAAUUAUGAUCUAUUAAAAAGCAACAUGUAUUGGAAACUGAGCAUUAUGGGUAGUCCAGUCCAGUGCGUCUUGUAAACCAUGAGGAAAGAAUGUCGAAAACUUAAUAAAUAAAAAAAUGUCUUGUUAA